AGAUAUAUCAUUCCGAAAUAACAUGUCUGAUGCAAUUGUCCAGUUUUGUAAUCAGAGUGAUGCACGAUUAGCUUCGUGCAAUCUCACACGGUAUGUUAAUAAUGAAAUAUACUACAAUAGAAGGUUAUACAUGACAUUACUAUCAUAUUUUAACGGCUUAUUGACCGAGUGUGAGGUCUGUAUAAUGUGAAAUGUCAGACUAAGGUUUUUAGUAUUGACCGUGCGUCGAAGGAGGGACGUCCAUGCAAAAAACAGAGGUCUGGAUAUUUCACAGUACAGACCGAAAAAGCGAGUUCAAUAAUCGGUUUAUUAUAUGGCUGAACUGAAUCUGUGAGCAUAUGCUUUUCGCGCGAUUUAAACAAUAUACUGUAGGCAUGCAUGGUUAAUCAAAAACAAUUUGGCUGUUUGAAAUUCUUAUCUGUAAAUUUUAAUGGCACACAAUUAGAAAAUUAAAAAGCAAAAGUUUUUUCUGUUUGGCAAAGCAAAAAUUUCUCGCCGAUAAACGACAUCCGGGACACCGGUCCAGAUACGGAAAAUACGGACCACGGUCCGGAUAUGGGUUUUUACGGACCCCUUGUCAACCAAUCAGAAUAGAGAAUUUUGAAAAGCCAUAUAAUAAUAUGCAUUAUUAUAUAUCAAUAGUCAAAGUCGCAUUUUUCUAGUGUUUUAUUGGUUGAGAGAAUAUCACGUGAGAGUGACGAAAUUAGGCUGUCUCCCUCGCAACAGCGCGAGAGGGAGAUAAUACGUUAUCCACCGGCGAAUAACAAAAAAAAUCACGUGCGCCAUCACGUGAAGAUGCGACCUUUGGACAUGCCUAGUACGUAAUUGAAACUUUCGCUUUAUAAAGUAACUGCAGUGUAACCAGUGUUUAAAUUAAAUAAUAUACCGUUUUAACCAUAAAAUAUUUCAUGUAUUUACGUUCAUUUGUUCUUUAAUUUGUUGUUUCUUUGACUAUUGAUAUAUAAUAAAACACUUAUUUACUGAGACCUCGGGAAAGCAGUGUGUUUUGUGGACCUUCGCCGAGGGAAACAUCGACGGUCGAGGGUCCAGAAAACACACUGUUUCCUUCGGUCUCAGUAAAUAAGUGAUAAUUAUAAUACCACGAGUACAUAUAAUGUAACAAUAUCUUCAGUGAAUAGACGAGGUGGGUUUUCGGUGGAGUAAAGAAUUACAAAUUAGCAUAAUUCAGAGCUGACGUUUCGCCCAGCCAUUGAGACUAAAGCAUACUAGUCUUAAUGAAAUUCAAUUGAAACAAAUUAUACUUGGAUCGAAUCCUCCAAGACGUUAUAAAUAGAAAUUAUAUAGACCAUGAAUGUAAUAUGAUGUAAUCGAAUAAUAUAUGGAUUGUGCCAUUACUGUACAUAAGCUCAACAUGGAGACUAAAUUCGUUUAAUUAAUUCCAUUAAUUGUUGUUGAUAUAUUCUUCUGCGUGGGUGUCGCAGUAGUGGUACCUCCAUUGACUAAACACGUUUUCUGUUAAUUAUAGGAAUCAACUGAACGAAAUUGAUUUCCAGAAUAUCCAGAUUUUGCCCAAUUCUCCCACGCAAGAUGGCGACGAUUCAGUUCUGUCAUUCUUUGUUAAUCUACCAUUUGGAGCAACAAUGCCCUCAGAUCUUUUGAACACUAUUUACAGCAUAUCUCCAAAUGUCAUAUCACAACCUAAUGUAUUAAAUACGACUAUGAGCGCAAAUCCUGACCUGACACCUGAUCAAACUGAAAACCUUGUACCACUCACAGUAACUGGACUCAAUCCACCACAGGUAUACAUGUUUUUCCUUCAACUUGUCUAUGAAAGACUGCUUAUGCUUCUUUUAUGUAAUGUAAUACGUUGGAUAUUUAAUCAUCUGUCUGCAUCCCCAGUUUUUGUUACUAGAUGGCAACUCACUGUAGUUGCCUAAAAUCAUUUGCGCCUUCAUGCAAAUGGUUGAGUAUGACUGUGUGGGUGAAAAAAUUCAGUCCUUGGAGA